CCACAAUCGUCACGACGCAUUGGUCUCUCAACUACGCGGAUCCAUGCCAUGGCAGAUAGCUACCCCCCAGCCAUCUGAUGGGGGGCCGCGAUAGACUACUGCGCACUUGCUGCGGAAGGCCUUGGGCGCCUGUUGCAGUUGCCUUGUACACUUUCUCUAUCCUGUUCUGUGACUGUGACUGCUCCGACUGCUAAUCUUCUUUGUACUGUGCUGUGUGAUACGUGUCGCAGCCAGCCUCUUACUGAUAAGGGCAAACAGGUUCUUGAUGAUAUAGGUUACGGUAGCUUCUUAGGUUGUGCUUUGAGGAAAUCGGACGCUCUUUUGGCAGCACUGAAGGGAUAUUUGAGAAAAAGACGGUAUCGUGACUUUGGAGGUUCGUCAUGGAGGACACUAUUAGAUUACAUGGCGACUCUCCAGCACUCACGCGAAGCACAUCGCCCACACAACAUGCAUCACCAAGCUCCUCAGACUCGUCAGCGACGAUAAAACCACUACCCACGAUACCACACAUGCCCCCUCCCUACGCAGACCAAGAGCCGUACCGUGAUGAUCCCCCAACACCCACAGAAGGCAUAUCCUCGACGCGUCAUCAACUCAUUUCACCCACAUAUGACCCGCACUCUCAGCACAGUCUGGUGUACCAACCAUACACAGACACCUCACCACCUCACACACCAAUCGCCGACGACGUACCUCUUGCACAUCUCCUCUCCACGCACACGUACGCGCAAUCAACGGAGUUCUCGAUCCAAUCUGACGAUGCCUUGUACCCAGCUGAUGCACCACCGUCAUACGCAAUCGCAGUCCGACAAUCAUAUCGCGACACACUCAUCCAAUACAUACCUAGCAGCCAGCACGACUCCCGAAUUGCAGAAGACGAGGAAAGCCAACUGGGUAUAGACGCGACAAGACCAGAUGAUGUGCGGUAUUCGGUCGAGAGAAUCGUCGCCAUGUUCGUUGUUGCGCUGCUCUUGUUGGUAGUGUCAGGGGUGCUUGCUUGGCUUGCACUGGGGAACAUGGGAUGACAGUAGAAGUGAGGGACGUUGUCUGCGAUUGAGGAAACGGAAGGAGUUGGACAUGAAUAUGAUACACACGCGAACUGUUUUCGCGACUACUUUGGAUAUGAUGGUAGUACAAAUUCGGGCAUGGGAGUUUUGCAUUGGAAAUAAGGAUUUUGGAUAAUUCGAAGCAAUGUUUGGCAUAGCAUCUAAGAUGACAUCAUGUAAAGACCCUUUGGCUUCACUCUUGUGAAGACGUGCAGUGAAGUA